AUGAAUAAGAAGGAUGGGACUACAAAAUCUGUAAAAGAGAUAAUAGCAGAGGGUUACAGAGGAAACACAGAGGUCUCAAAGCAAGUAGUGGAGGUUCCAGAGCACACAACCGAGAUAUCAAAACAAGUCGUGGAGGUUUCAAUACAAACAGAGGAGGUUCCAACAAUUGAGGAGCCUCAAAAACAAAUAAUGGAGGUUUCAAAAGAAGUAGAGGAGGCAUCAAAACAAACUUUGGAGAUAUCAGAACUUGAGGGGAUGGAGUCACAACAGACAGAGAGGGUCCAAGCCCAAACUGGAAAAGCAGUGGAAGUAGAAAACAACAUGAAAGUAAUAACAGAGAAGGAAAGGGAGGACAACGAAGAUGAGAUAGAGGAGGGGGAAUUGGUCACAGAUUGGGCUAACGUUACUCCGGGGAAAGCCAGUAGAAGUCCGAAAGCAACACUCAAGUAUGGUCAGGUGAGAAUUGCGACACCCUCACGGUACUCAGCUCUGAACGACAUAGAUGACAACAGAGAGUUGCUGAGCCAAGGAAAGGAGAUAAAUGCAGUAGACAAGGGGAUGGAGACUCAGGAAGUGGAGGAAAAUAUCGAUAUUGCAUCUCUGGUGGAGGUUGAGACUACCGUAAAUGCAGUUGAAAGAAAAGAGGAAACAGUCAGUGUCAAGCAAGAUGAAGUAACAACUGCAGUAGGCGGAAGCUCAAUGCAGGGAACUACUCUUCUUCUUUCUUUACCAAGAGUCUCAAAGACAAAUCACCGGGUCAUUCCUGAGAUCUCAGGCAAGGACUCAGAACCUCCUAGUCACCUAGGAAAGCGAAGUACUCGCAAAUCUUCUCAAUGA